GUGUGUUUGUUACACCCCGCAUCAUUCUCUCUUCCUCAAAACCAACACCUAAGUGAGUUCCCAAUUUUUGCAAACCUUUCCUAUUUAUACUCUUCUUCCCCCGUUUGCUCCAUUCAACUUUGCAAAGCCUCAAUUGUUAAAAUUUAUUCAAGAACAAAUUAGGUACUAAUUAGGGAAAAACAAAAACAACAUUUUUUAGUAGCCAAAAUGUCGUGGCAAACCUAUGUAGAUGAUCACUUGAUGUGCGACCUUGAUGGCCAUCGUCUCGCCUCGGCGGCUAUUCUCGGCUUUGAUGGCAGCGUUUGGGCUCAAAGCCCCGCCUUCCCUAAGUUUAAACCAGAGGAAAUUAUUAAUAUCAUGAAAGAUUUUGAUGAACCUGGAUUUCUUGCUCCCACUGGGCUAUUCCUUAGCGGCGCAAAGUACAUGGUCAUCCAAGGAGAACCUGGCGCUGUCAUCCGUGGCAAAAAGGGGUCUGGUGGAAUAACAAUCAAGAAAACAGGCCAAUCGCUGAUUUUUGGUAUCUACGAAGAACCAGUGACUCCAGGACAGUGUAACAUGGUUGUUGAGAAAAUUGGAGACUACCUCAUUGACCAGGGUUAUUGAAAUUUCAUAAUUAAUCUUUUUUGUAUUUUUUGGAGAUUGUAUUGUCACUAGAGGUUCUUUUUUUCCCCUCAAAGAAAUAACUAGCCUAAAGUUACUAUUUCCUUUUUGUUAUAAAUUUAGUUAUAUAGUUUACUGAAAGAAGCAGUGUUGUGUAUUGAUCACUUUUUUGAGACUUUUUAUAGAGACCACGUUUUGUAAUAAAAAGAUGUUUUA